AUGUCUGACCGCAAAGUGCUCGAAGUCAGGUUGGUCUCCCUCGGCGAUGGCGACGGCAUCCCCGAGCGACGAGUCCUGCUCGCUGCUGGUCAAGACGUGAUCGUUGGCCGUGCCUCCUCGAACCGUGGCGUUGCUGCGUCUGCAGACAACACCAAGAUUAGCAAUCCGGUCAUUUCCAAGGAGCAUGCUCUAUUCACUCUCGACCCCGCUGGAACAAACGUCCUUAUUAAAGACCUCAGGAGCAUGCAUGGUACUCGUGUAGACGAUCGAGAGCUAGCGCAGGGUGAGCAGCGUGCUAUCUUCUCCGGUACCACCCUGCAGUUUGGUUCGUCUGUGAUUCGCGGGAACGCAACUUUCAAGCCGGCUUGCUACGCCUUCCACGCGGAGCCUAUCAACCCCAUGAACGCCUCACCCAAUACCAUGUCCGCUCCUGGCGCAAUGCCCCAGUCGCAGGCGUACUCGGAUACGAAGAAAGGAUACGGUGAUGACUCGUCCCUUUACAGCGAUGAGUUUGACUGUGAUGAUGACGACGAGGACUCUGCGUCGGACCAUGACGCAGUCGAUGUGACUCUGAUCCCAGACACGUACUCUUCGGAGCAUGAGUCUGAAGUCUCGCACGACGACUCCCUUCAGAAUUCCAGCGAUGAGUCGAUGGAUGAGUUUGAAGAAUACGAUGGCGGAUCGACGGAGAACUGCUGUUCCACAGAUCCCCCAUGCCCCACCACCGAUGCCGCCGAGACCGGCUCCAUUUCUCCUAGCAAGGAUCAGUCUUUCUGUUCUUCUUAUCUAGGAGACAGUUCUGUGCUUGGCGAUCGCACUUCAUCCGUUCAGCCUGCUAGGCCUCCUACAUACCUCGAGUCAGAAUCUGCAGCCGGAGAGUGGCCAGAAUAUUCCGAUGCAGAUCAAUCUACAUUCUUCACGUCAGCCUCGGCUGCUUGGACUUCUGAGACCGCGGGGGACUUUGGUUUCAAUAUGGAAACAGACGAGCACAUGUCCGCCAAGAGGCUCAAGUCUCGCCCGUUCAGUAAUUCUAUCAACGAUCUCUGCGAACCCGCGCCAAGAAUCGAGGCCACUACCGGCGAAGUUGCUACAGCUACUGCUGUUCCCGAGGCUGCCAACGUCGGCACUGUUGCCGAUGCCUCUACCCACGACGACGCCUAUAACACCGAACGGGCAAUCGCGCUCGUGCAAAGUCUAGUUGACGAUGCGGCGGGCUCCACUGGGCUGGUCGAGGACAGCAAGGUCGAGAUGACCGGCACAAAGCGCUCUGCUGACCAGGCCGAACUUGAUCUCGAGCCUACUACUGAGCUCAUCACUGCUGUCAAGGCCGAACAAAUUGCCACACCGGAACAAAUGACGGGUCGCCGCAUGGCCAGCUUCACACGCCGUGCUCGCGACAUUGGCAUUGGUGCUGUGGUUGGCGGUGUCGCUAUGCUCACGGUAUUGGCUAAGAUGGGCGAUCCUGCGUAA